GCCGAAGGGUCAGGCGGGCCUUGGAGGAGAGAUGCCCGGCAAACAGUCUGAGGAAGGGCCGGUGGAGGCAGGGGCUUCGGAGGAUAGCGAGGAGGAGGGUCUGGGCGGCCUGACGUUAGAGGAGCUCCAGCAGGGCCAGGAGGCUGCCCGGGCGCUGGAGGACAUGAUGACGCUGAGUGCUCAGACCCUGGUCCGAGCCGAGGUGGACGAGCUCUACGAGGAAGUCCGUCCCCUGGGCCAGGGCCGCUAUGGCCGCGUCCUUCUAGUCACCCAUCGUCAGAAAGGCACACCCCUGGCACUGAAGCAGCUCCCGAAACCCCGCACGUCCCUCCGCGGCUUCCUGUACGAGUUCUGUGUGGGGCUCUCGCUCGGCGUGCACUCAGCCAUCGUGACAGCCUACGGCAUUGGCAUCGAGUCAGCACAAUCCUACAGCUUCCUGACGGAGCCCGUCCUGCACGGGGACCUCAUGGCCUUCAUCCAGCCCAAGGUGGGCCUCCCACAGCCGGCAGUGCACCGCUGCGCCGCCCAGCUGGCCUCGGCCCUGGAGCACAUCCACGCCCGCGGCCUGGUGUACCGCGACCUGAAGCCGGAGAACGUCCUGGUGUGCGACCCGGACUGCAGGCACUUCAAGCUGACCGACUUCGGCCACACGAGGCCUCGCGGGACCCUGCUGCGCCUGGCCGGGCCGCCCAUCCCCUACACGGCCCCCGAGCUCUGCGCGCCCCCGCCCCUCCCCGAGGGCCUGCCCAUUCAGCCCGCCCUGGACGCCUGGGCGCUGGGUGUCCUGGUCUUCUGCCUCCUCACGGGCUACUUCCCCUGGGACCAGCCCCUGGCCGAGGCCGACCCCUUCUAUGAGGACUUCCUCAUCUGGCAGGCGUCGGGCCAGCCCCAGGACCGUCCUCAGCCCUGGUUCGGCCUGGCCCCCGCGGCCGACGCGCUUCUGUGGGGGCUGCUGGACCCUCACCCCCGAAGGAGGAGCGCUGUGAGCUCCAUCAGGGAGCACCUGGGGUGCCCCUGGAGGCAGCGGGAGGGUGAGGCUGAAGAAGUGGGAGCGGUGGAAGAGGAGGCUGGGCAGUGA